UUGGAUUCCUUUGUAACUCGACUUUCAAGAACUUCGAGAACCCCCAUUGAAACCCCCCGCCCCUUUCGUUUUCCCACUUUCUCCAACCAUUUACUCCUCUCUUCAACCACCGUUCUCCACCCAUGGCCCUCGCCGCCGCUCCGCUGGACCAGUCCUUCCGAGCAUCGCCUUCUAGGGUUGUGUCACGCCAGGACGCUGAGGCCUCCUCUGAGACCUCCUCCGUUUACUCCGCCGAUCCGUCUGAUCGCAGGGACGCUGAGAUCUUGGCUAUGUCCACGCGGAGUGAGGAGUACCGGUUGUUGUUCCGUCUCCCGCCUGACGAGGUUCUUGUUCAGGAUUUCAAUUGCGCUCUCCAGGAGAAUAUUCUUCUCCAAGGCCAUAUGUAUUUGUUUCUUCAUCAUAUUUGCUUCUAUUCAAACAUCUUUGGUUUUGAGACAAAGGUACUUAUUGAUCCUUCCUACUUCUUAAUUAGUUCAUUUUUUUAAUGCCCUUCAUAUGGUCUGCUACUAUCUGAA